AUGGAAGCACUUAAGGAGAUACUAUCGCUCGAUCAAGUUAAUUUUGACCAGCUAAGAGAAGCGAGUCGAAAUGAAGCAGAUAAAACUGAUGAUCCAUUUGAAAACUAUUUGAAGGAUUGUAACUUCAAAGCACCCUCAAAUCAAGAUCAAUCGCCAUUUGCCAAAUUGAAGGCAUUACAGGAAACUCAUUCUAAUAAUGAAACAGCUAUUAAUGUAGUCAUACCUCAACUAAUUGAUUAUUUAACCAACUUCACUAAUAGGUUAUCUGAUUACACACAAGAUUUAGACUUUAUUAAAAAAAAAUCCAGUGAAUUACAGUCAUUGCUCGAAUACAACUCUACAAAGCUGGCCCACAUUUCUCCCAUGGUUAAUGAUUUGAUGAUUCCUCCCGACUUAAUCAAUGAUAUCGUUAAAGGAAAAAUUAAUGAACGUUGGCAGGAUAACAUAACGUUCAUAGCGGAUAAAGAACAAAUUUAUGAUAAGUACAGGCACAAUAAUCAUGAGCAGAAUCACAAGGAAAACACCGAAAAAGCAGCUGUGAUAGCACCAAAGGAUUUUGAUAAAUUGUGUCAACUCUUGGAUAUCCUAAAAAAUGUAAUUUUAGAAAGAUCGAAGAGACUCAUUAUCUCAAAAAUAAAAAUCUUGAGGAGUCAUCAUCCCAUACCAUCACAAAGAUUACAAACACAAUUAUUGAAAGUUCAAAAAAUUUUUCCUUUCAUAAAAGAUAAUAAUCUUUCUUUAGCCCUUGAGUUACGACAGGCAUAUUGUUAUACUAUGAAAUGGUACUAUAAAGAAUAUUUCUCAAGAUAUAUCCGGUCAUUAACUAUUCUGCAGUUUCAACAAAUCGACUCGCAAUUUGCACUAGGGAACGGCCUUUCGACAACUUCAGUGAGUGGGUUCAGCAAUUCAUCUUCCUUGUUUUUCUCGAAUUAUUUAACCGCAUCUGCCUCAAAUGCAUUUUAUAAUAAACUCCCUGUGACAGAUGACGAUAUUAACAGAUAUUUUCAAAUAAAGAAAAGAUUAAACAUUUUAACUCAAGAAGAUAAUACAGUAAUGGUUUCUCAAAUUGCUGAAAAUAACACAGCUAAGAAUUACAUUGAAAUUGGGUUCAAGAAUUUGAAUCUAGCGAUUCUAGAUAACUGUACAGUUGAGUACAAUUUCCUGAAAGAUUUCUUUGCUAUCAAUGAUGAAAAUUCUGAGGAAAUUAAUGGUCUAUUGGAGCAAAUAUUCCAACCUACUUUCGAUGAAGCAACAGCAUAUACUCUGCAGUUAAUUCAAUAUAACUAUGAUAUUUUUGGCGUACUAAUAAGUAUUCGUGUGGCUAAUCAAUUACAGUUUGAAUCUGAGAGAAGAGGGAUACCAACUAUGUUUGAUAGCUUCUUAAAUGGCCAAUUAAUUCAAUUAUGGCCGCGGUUUCAGCAAUUGGUCGAUUUUCAAUGCGAGAGCUUACGUAAAGCAGCGAUAACUACAAAUGUGGCAAAAUAUGGUGGUAGCUCAAGCAUAUCAAAUAGUAACCCACUAACUUCGCCGCAUGAAUUAGCUGUUCAAUUUGCCAAAUUUUUGUGCAGUUUCUUGACGUUGGCAAUAACACAUAAACAGGCCAUUGAUGAAAGAUCUGAACCAUUAUACAAUUCCAUCAUAAGGUUAAGAAAUGAUUUUGAAACAGUAAUGACAAAGUGUAGCAAAAAGACUAGGUCUCCUGAAAGAUUUUUAACUACAAAUUACAUGUAUUUAUACAAUAACUUACAGCAGCUGCAUCUGCAUUUGAAUGUAAGUGAUUCAAAUGCACAAAAUCACGAAUACGGUUCAGCAGAGAAUCUCAACAUUGAUGGUACUAAUGACGAUGAAAAUGGUUCUAACAUACCACUGAUUAUCAGAGAAACUGAAAAUCACUUCAAAACUUUAGUGGAAGCUUUUACUAGAAAUUGA